GCUGUUUUUGAAAUUGUUGGAUGAAGAAAGACUACAACCAGUAUACAAAACCAUAGCCUAAAUUACUUUAAGCUAACAAGUGUGUGCUCAAAAGCAUGUGUAAAUUUCGUUUUCGUCUAGUUUUUCAAAAACAUGCUAGUACGCUUUGUAGAAACAAAAAUUGUAACAGUUUAGAAAAAAGAAUUAUGUUGAAAUUAUUAAUUUUGACACUGGUGAUUCAAGAAUGUGCGGGGUAUGGAGUAGUGACGAACUUGACAGAACUACAAAAGGUCGCGCCAUUCAGUCCAGCUGAGUUCCCAUCUGGGGUUCAAGGCUGUUCGUUUACUGAGAAAUGUAGCAGCGGGUACACCUGUGUGGAGCAUGUUUGUAACUGCCCUACCUGUCUGCCAGUAUGUAGAACAGUAACGCAAGAGACAACUGGUUAUAUCAUCACUCCUGAAUUUAAAGACAUGAACGACACUGACGUCACGUGUUCAUGGACCAUCAAAGGACGUAGAGACACCUUCAUUACACUCAGUGUUUCCACCCUUGACAAUUGUAGUGGGGAUAUGCAAAUUUUCGAAAAUAAUGUAGAAGAAUAUAUGGGUUACAAAUGGCUUUGUACAAAUCGAAUGUUGACACCCACGAUAUAUUCUGUUUGGAACUCAGUGACACUAACCCUGAGACAACGUCUGUUUCCUAAAUUUAAUGCAACUUUUUUUGUCUAUCCGUACAACAUAACGUUGUCAAAGACAACGGGAGCAAUCGAUGUGGUUUUCGGCCAACACUUCUACUGGUUUCGUUACAACUUCUUUUGGUGGAUUAAAGGACACCCCAAAGGCACAUUAAUUUUGAGAACAAAUGCCGAUACACAGUCACAUUUCUGCUUGAGAAGUCAUGACAGACAGAACUAUAGAAUAGAUCUAAACCUAGAUGAGAGAAUAUCCAUUUGUCAAGAGGAAAAUAUUUCAGUCAACAACAGUGUUCGCGUUUUCACAAGUUAUUAUUUUUAUUGGAGAGAAUAUUACUAUUACAAGUAUAAUUACACUCUACCUUUGCAUUUGAAACUAGACAUAUAUAACGCAGGGCCCGCUUGUAACACCUCUUUGGAUUGUGACGGUAACUCAUCAUGUAUUGAUGGAUUUUGUGAUUGCCUGGAUAGUCAGUUAUUUGACGAGAUCAACAAUGUCUGCAGGACGAAACUGAACUACGGAGACGCAUGUAAUUCGAGCUACGAAUGUCUCGGCCCACACCUACAGUGUCUGGCGAGUCAAGGGGGACAAUACACGUGUUUGUGUCCCGAUUACAUGUUUUACAUGGGCAACUCGUGUACCCCAGCAACGGAUGCUUUAGAGAGCAAACCACAAGUCCUUCUUGUAACCAGCGACACCCUGCAUUUGUUCUGGACCCCAGUAGACAACGCCACCUACACAGUCCGGCUCUUGUCGCUGGGACAAAAACACCACGAAGGUUCUCAAGAUGUGGGCCACAUCCCAGUUCUCAAAAACCUAUUCCCGGACACCGUCUAUGCCGUGUCUGUGGUGGUCAAGUUUAAACCAGACGAGGUUGACUGGGUGAAGAAGGUCAGCACUGAGUUCAUCAUACGGACAGGUGAGGACGAUGCAACAAGACAUUCGUCAGAUGUAACGAUCUGGAGAACGGUUUUUACAACACUACUUCUGCUGACAAUCAUUGGCUUAGUCACAAUGUUGAUAAUAUUAUUGAAACACCGUUAAGAUGAGUGGACAUUUAAUCUCAUUGUGUAUCUUCUGUGGCCCUCAACAAAGCUUGACAAAUAAUAUUCUAAUAACUUUUGGGAUGGUGAAAAAACGACCAACCCUUAAAAUUAUAAUUGAAAAUAAUAGAUGAGCUUUUCUGGAAAAUUGAGUAUAAGAAAUCUUACAAAAACAUAAUCAUGCUUUAAACUAUAAUAAAACAUGUUUUUGUUUUACCACUUAGAUGAAGAUAUACAGCUGUCACCUCGUUUGAAAAUAAUUAAUGGAUGCUCAUUGCAAAGGGAUUCGUUAGGAUUUACUCUGGAGGUCAAAUUUUACCAAACAGAAAUCGUUUGCGGUGUAGUAACAAGUACAGUUAUAAAAGGCAUUUUGCAAGCACUCGUUUGAAUUAGCCAAUUAGUCAAAGCAAUUCAUUUUGUAAUAUGGAUAAAUGCACACACAAAAAUAAUUUUUAUGUAUUUUAAUUUUUUUUCACAGUGCACUUUUAAAAUGGUGAUGUUGACAAACAUUA